ACUGUCAGCCAACAGGAGGAGAGACACCAGUCCGAGUUGGUUGUUCCGCGGCGACAAAACACACCGACUCCUACCCGCGCUGGAGAGGUGCGUGGACCCGGGUUCACUGCGUCCAGUCCGGCUCCGCCCCACUGCCCAGUGCUCCACAGUAAUACAACAAGGAGGAGGAUAACCCACACACACUCAGGAGGUCUGGACACGCCGGACAGCAGCGCGCAGUGGAAGGACGGGAUUUAGUGGAGAAGUUGGCUUUAGAGCUGCGGUGCCUGAGCCGAGGACUCUCGCUGUCAAGUCGUGAAAAAGGAUUUCUCACAUUAUUUUUUUUUUUUGUGGUUAAUUGACACCAAAGUGCUCCCAGACGCGCGAGGACUUACGGAAUUAAAGUAGUUUUUGGAGGUUUUGUGAAGUUCUGAGGAGAGCUCCAGCUGUUUGUCUUCCUCUGAAUGCUUGGUGACAUCUGAAAGACUGGGAUUUGCUAUCAAGUCAGAACACUUUGGGUCACUGUCGGGGGGAGUUGUUGGAUACUUUCUUGCGGCGUUGGAGGCCGCCGCCGUUCUGCCGGACAGCAUGCAAACGGAGGAUGUUGUCUGAGUCCGAGUCGGGCCUCGCUGCUCUGCGUCUCAUCUCGCCGUCCAGAGGAAUGACGGCUCUGUGGUGCUCACUCUGGCUCUCCUUCCUCCUGCCUCUGUGCGUCGCUCCAGCCAGGCUGCCCACCGCUCAGCCCACAGACUCCGUGUCCAGCGAGACAGCCUUCCUGGAGGACUAUGUUCUUGGCAUGGGGGACACCCUGGAGAUGUCAUGUGACCUGGAGGACCACUCGGAGCCCGUCGUCUGGUUCAAAGAUGGCGCGGGGCUGGUGCCAGGGAACAGGACGCGGCUGGGACAGAGGAUGUUACGCAUCAUCAAUGUGUCGUACGAGGACUCGGGCGUGUACUCCUGCCGGCUCGCCCACAGCAACACGCUGCUCAGCAACUACACCAUCCGGGUGACAGAUUCUCUGUCAUCGGGUGAUGAUGAAGACUAUGACGAAGAUCCAGAAGAUGCAGAAGCUCCGUACUGGAUUAAACCUGAGCGGAUGGACAAGAAGCUUUUGGCCGUUCCAGCCGCCAACACCGUCAAGUUCCGCUGUGCUGCAGCCGGUAACCCAACGCCAACCAUCCACUGGCUGAAGAACGGCAGAGAGUUCAAGGGAGAGCAGAGGAUGGGAGGCAUAAAGUUGAGACAUCAGCAGUGGAGUCUGGUGAUGGAGAGCGCCGUUCCAUCAGACCGGGGAAACUACACCUGUGUGGUGCAGAACAAAUACGGUGCCAUCACCCAUACCUACCAGCUGGAUGUGCUAGAGCGUUCCCCUCACAGGCCGAUCCUCCAGGCGGGCCUCCCGGCCAAUCAGACGGUGGAGGUAGGCAGCAACGUGGAGUUCCACUGCAAGGUUUACAGCGACGCGCAGCCGCAUAUCCAGUGGCUGAAACACAUCGAGGUUAACGGCAGCCGCUACGGCACUGAUGGUGUUCCCUACGUCAACAUCCUGAAGACGGCUGGUAUUAAUACCACAGAUAAGGAGCUAGAGGUUCUCUUCUUGACCAAUGUGUCUUUUGAGGAUGCGGGCGAGUACACUUGUCUGGCAGGGAACUCUAUCGGCUAUGCUUACCACUCUGCCUGGCUGACGGUGCUUCCAGCAGUGGGCCCAGAAAAGGAGGACUACUAUGCCGACAUCCUUAUCUACGUGACGGGCUGCGUACUCUUCAUCCUCGCUGUGGUCAUCGUCGUCCUCUGCCGCAUGAGAAUGUCGACGCAGAAGACGCUGCCAACGCCGCCCGUGCAAAAGCUGUCAAAGUUCCCCCUCAAGAGACAGCAGGUGUCCUUGGAUUCUAACUCCUCCAUGAACUCCAACACCCCAUUGGUCCGAAUCGCCCGCCUGUCGUCCAGCGACGGACCCAUGCUCGCCAACGUCUCCGAGCUGGAGCUGCCCUCUGAUCCCAAAUGGGAGUUUCCUCGAACACGGCUGACUCUGGGUAAACCUCUUGGCGAGGGCUGCUUCGGGCAGGUGGUGAUGGCCGAGGCUGUCGGCAUCGACAAAGAGAAGCCCAACAAGCCGCUCACUGUCGCUGUGAAAAUGCUGAAAGAUGACGCCACAGAUAAAGAUCUGUCGGACCUGGUGUCAGAGAUGGAGAUGAUGAAGAUGAUCGGCAAACACAAAAACAUUAUCAACCUGCUGGGAGCGUGCACGCAGGACGGUCCUCUGUACGUCCUGGUGGAAUACGCCUCUAAAGGCAACCUGAGGGAGUACCUGCGGGCGCGCCGGCCUCCGGGCAUGGACUACUCCUUCGACACGUGUAAAAUCCCAGACGAGCAGCUCACCUUCAAAGACCUGGUGUCCUGCGCCUACCAGGUUGCCCGAGGCAUGGAGUACCUCGCCUCGCAGAAGUGCAUCCACAGAGACUUGGCAGCCAGGAACGUCCUUGUGACGGAGGACAACGUUAUGAAGAUCGCCGACUUCGGUCUCGCCAGAGACGUGCACAAUAUAGACUACUACAAAAAGACCACAAACGGUCGUCUGCCCGUGAAAUGGAUGGCUCCGGAGGCUCUGUUCGACCGGGUCUACACGCACCAGAGCGACGUGUGGUCUUACGGAGUGUUGUUGUGGGAAAUCUUCACCCUGGGAGGAUCUCCGUAUCCAGGGAUCCCAGUGGAGGAACUGUUCAAGCUGCUGAAGGAGGGACAUCGGAUGGACAAACCUGCAAACUGCACACAUGAACUGUACAUGAUCAUGAGGGAGUGCUGGCACGCGGUGCCGUCACAGAGACCGACCUUCAGACAGCUGGUAGAAGAUCACGACCGGGUUUUAUCGAUGACCUCUACCGAUGAGUACCUGGACCUGGCGGUGCCCUUCGAGCAGUACUCGCCCACCUGUCAGGACUCAAACAGCACCUGCUCCUCAGGAGACGACUCGGUUUUCGCCCACGACCCGCUGCCCGACGAGCCCUGUCUUCCCAAACAGCUCCCCAGUAACGGGGUGAUCAGGACAUAAAACCUGAGCUUGGGGGGAGGGGAAGGAGGAAAUUGAACUUUGACCUCCUCUCUUACAAACUCCUCCAAACUCAGUGACUCCUCAAGAUGUGGAAAAAUCAAACUCUGCAUGCAAUACUUCCACAACUCUUCGAUUGGUCUUAAGCUCCUCUUUGACUGAGUCUUCUUUGUCCUCCAACCCAACUGACUCCUCAGAUAUUGAAGGAUUAUUUUUUGCUGUCAAACCAUGUUUGUGUUCCUCUUUUCAGAAAUGAAAUUAUAUUUUUGUACUCGGGCCAGUCUUUUUUUCUUACGGACAAUCUGUGGGGUGAAACCAUUCCGUGCCUACUGGGAUAAAAAAUAAACCUCCUGAGACUUACAAGAAGACUGAAAGCUUAUAAGAGGAGGAAAUGAAGGGCAUUGGUCAGUGACUGGUUUGCGAUUCAGUAGGCGAGGACCUCAGAUUUUUAUCCUCUCGUCUCAGCUCGGGAUGAAAGUGUUCGCUCUUAAAAGAAAACUCCAUUAACAAGAUACCAGCAAAGACAGAAUCCACGAUGGGACACGUUCUUCCUAAGACUCUCCAAAACUCGUCUCAGCUUUUACAGAACACACGAGGAGGAUCACGUGGGCAUCAAAUGUUUUUUCUUACAACUUUUUAACAUCCUGAAAAAAACCUUUUGUGAUAAUCAUGGAACAAAUUCCUCGUGAAGCACGAGGCGACGCUUCAGGGCCAUCAGUAAUUAGUACAGUUAAGCUUGGAGUUUUUUUUUAUGUAUCUAGAAAAUGAUUUAUUGUAAAUAUAUAAAUGAAAAUAUGUAUCAUAUUGCUGUACACAGCCAUGUACUUAAAAGACAAAAAACUACAUUUUUUUAAAGUAUUGUUUUUAGGAUGGAAGCAUUGCAAUCUAGAAGACACUGUCAUGAAAGUGUAAAUCAUUUAAUCGUUUAAAGUGAUACAGAAAAGGUUUAUUUGAAUAAUUAACGUGUAUAUUUGUAAAGAUAUUUAUAGACUUAACAUGUGGUUCUUAAGUUUGAAAGGUUUAGUUUAGUAUUUUAGUACUGUACGCAAAGAUUUUAUUUCUUUUAUUAUUUUUUUUUGUAACUUAUUUUACAACCGAACUGCGACGUCAUUUUCCACAACAGGUAGACUCCUCUGUUUUUUUUUAUCCAUCUUUUUAUUUUCUUUGUUUACAGUUUCAAAAUGAUAAGAAUGUAUGACAGAGGUGAAGAUGAGUUUUCAGAGCGAGUGCGGUUCGACCGCCAGAGGACGACUCAGAGGCUGAAAGCUCCCGCUAAAAAGGGAGCCGGAGGGUUCUCUGCUGAGUUCUGAUCCUGGUGUGUAAAGUUGACGUUUGCAAUAUGAAAGCAACGAUGAUUAGCUCUUGCUGGGCAAGAAAUAGCAGCGCUUCAAGUUAUGUACCAGAGAGGCCUUUUAGUAUGACUGAAGUACUUAAAGACAUCGAUAAAAACAACUAGCUGUGAAAAAGCCUUCAGAGAACCUCAGGAGGACUCCUCCUCGUUAACCUGCUUCACUGUUCACUCUGUUAUGUUCAGAAAUCCCUGCUAGCUUAUUUACAGCAACGUUAAGUACACUACAUAUAUAGAAUACUUGCUUUCCAAUAUUUUGUUGGGUCCACUGUAUGCAGAAGAUGCACCGAUGUGAACAUCAGUAUCAGCUGAUUUCAGCCCUAUUGAUGCAAAAAGCAUCAUUUUAAACAUCGGUAUUGGUAUUGGCCUUGAUUUGCACCAUCAGUGCGUCCUCCCACAUGGACCUAAAGCUUGUUUGCAUCUGCAUCUUAUGCUAUAACAUACAAACUCUACAAUGAAAUUGAAAAAUGCUAAAUGAUUAACUACCCUGGCCAGAAGACACCCAUAAGAAACAGUCAUCAGCUAGUGAGCAGUUUCAUUCAACUGUAGCUGUGAACUACAUUUCCCAGAAUCAGAGAACGUUCUUAAAUCUUUCCUCUUUCAGGAAAAGGUGAAAACAUACAAGGAUGCAAGCUUUGGCAACAGAUUAUUGUGCAAAUGGAAAACACAAUAAAAGUGAAAGUUGCAUUACUAAUAUGAAGUUGCAGUGCAUUUGGCUGCAAUGCAUUCUGGGGUUUUGAGUCCCGUAAGAAUGCAGGAAUAGUUUUCUGCUCCACUUUGAUGAUUGAUUUUAUCAAAGCGUAAAAAGAAAGCCUUGCUCCUGUAUGUGUAGCCAUGACAGCAGCUUUAAUAGAAUGAUUAUUUCACACACUAAAAGGAUUUUAGGUGCCUUUUUUUUUUUGUAAAGGUCCCUCUGAAGGCUUCAAACUCUUAUAUUGAAAUAGAAAGGUCACAGGGUCGAGGCUAACGAGCUGCGUGCUGUGUCAGACUCGUGGAUAGAUGCAUCAGCUUGAAGGCAGAGAUGUAAAGCUGGUAUGUCUUUUUUAGGCUUGAGCGUUACUACAAAACCUGCCCACACGCUUGAGAUGUUAUCGCUGCUCUAUAGUAUUAAAACUGAAAUGAAGGCAUGCUGUGUGAUUUCACACAGCAGAAAAAAAGAAAAUAUAUAAACAGUUUAUUUGUUGGUUUUGUAUAAGGAGACUCUGAAGUCUGUGGUUGAUCCUUCCUUCCAGCUUGAUGUGCUGAAAAAAAAAAGUGCCAAAUUAGUCUUAAAAGUCUGUUUCACCGAGUCCUCCAGAUCUCUGAACCAAAUACUGCACUGUCGAAUGUAGGCGGGCGAAGGUUUCAUGUGCGGGGAAGGAUCAUGGGAUUGCCAAAUUGAUAUCUACCCUUUUUUUUGUAUGCAGUCGUAUCUCCAGCUGACCCCAAAAAAAGUGCAAGGGUUGAAAUGUUUACAGAGUCUGUUUUUAGAGAAGUCAAAAAAAGGGAAAGUAACAUUCACGUGGCAUUGAAGGGUUCAGAGUCAUGAUUCACUCGCUGCUAAACAGAAACAGUGUUAACUCUUUACUGUGCAUUGGCCUUUUUCCACUGUGUGACCUGAAUUAAUGUAAAGUAAUUUAUUGUGAUCACCCAACAAGACUGUGUCGGUACUUAAUGAAAGCUCCCUAAUAUUUGAAGUACUUAAAAAAAUGAAAAUUUGUAUUUAAAUAUGUUCUUACACUGGGAGAUUUUUGUGUUUUCAGCACCAAAUUAUGUACUUUUUCAUCGGUAUAUGCAUGGAAAAACGGCCUUUGUAAAGUGAAAGGUUUUCAUCAGAACAGUUUUGUAGUUUUUGGCCCCAAAUCUAAGAAGUGCCUGGAACAAUUUAUGAAAAGAAAAUAGAUUAAUUGGUUCAUUUUGAUCACAUUUUGAAUGUAUGAUUGCAAAAACGUAAAAUAAAAAAGCAGUUCUCACUAGAAGCAGGCUAUUUACAUAUAAGUCUGAUUUUUUUUUUUUUCCCCCCAAGUGAACAAGACAAGAGGGCACUUGUGUAAAGUUUGGAUGGAUCUAAUGAAACGGAUGCUGUUUGUUUUAUUUAUUCUUCCAUGCUGGGUAAAAGCUUUCCCUAUGGUGAGAGUAUUUUUAUUCAUAGCUAUCUGCUUUUCAGUGUUGUUUUUCAUUAAAGAGCCAGAAGAUGAUGAUGACGGAGAUGUAGUCAUUUUACUUAAUACUGUUGCUCCCCCAUCAGGCUUUGCUCCUCGCUUAAUUUAUCUCUGCUUUGAUUUUGUUUUGAUUUGAUUUGGAUGCCCUCCCUGGCCUCUUUUCUUCACACUGCUCGAGCUUUUAUGUCAGACAACAGAAGCCUUAGUCUCUCUGUCUGAUCGCAUUUUAUAAAGGAUGUGUUGUUUUUAACAUUUGUCUUGUUUAUGGCAACAGAAGUAGAUUAUCACUGCUGGUAACAAAAUGCUGGAUAUCAAUAAGGGACAAAACUCGGUAUGCUGAUGGAACAAAGCAAAUGCUGCCAUAUGCAUCAAAAUCAUACUCACAUUUAUACUUAAAUUAACAUUAAUAUUCAGUGUGACUUAAUUAUUAUCUUUGUAAGUCCAAAAAACUGUUUGAAAUCUUUGAAAAAAUCAGCUCCUUUUUACCCACAAGUCACUGCAGUUUCACUUUGUCCCAACAAACCCAACCUCAAGAAACUGCUAAUUAUGCUUACAGCUAAUACUAUUUAGCUAAUACUUUCAGAAGUGCCAAUUUAACAUAGUUUUAAGAAGUCAAUAAGAUUAAAGCUUCUUGAUGAGAGUUUAUCUACUCAUCAUUUGUGGGCCUGAAUUAUAAGUGAGACGCUGUCAGUUACCAGAACUAGCUACUAGCUUAGCUAACAUUGUCCUGUAUUUGCAUGUGAAGUUGGCAAUUCAAUGUAGCCACGCUCACUAGUUGGCACUAGAAAAACUUGUCACUUAAAUUAAAUAUUAAUAGCCUACUUUUAUUUCUGCAGGCUAGCUUGGGUUGUACAGUAGCUUAAUGGCUACUGCUAUUAUGCUGUACUACCUGGAUGUAAACAAGCACAGAUGAUAGCAUCUUGUAUUGCAGUGCAGUUUGGGAGUGUCUUGUUUCAGAAAAGCGAGGUACAUUUGUUUGUAGACUGUGUUUAGUUAAGCUUUAACCACUAGACUGGAGAAUUAUGUAAGCAGCACAAACAUGUGGAUAUUAACCUGCAAGGAGGAUCGAAGGCUGGUGGUGCUAGCUCGGCUAUUAGUCACUCUGGAGCCUUGCUGUCCAACAUAAUUGGUUAAAUAGCCUUCUAUUAUUAAUAUUAUUUCCCUUGUUGUACAUUAGACAUUUAGAAAGACCUGUUGAACUGCUAACUCUGUCUUUCAGUUGUAAGUGGAAGCUAGUAAGAUAGGCUAACUAGCUUAUAGACGCUAUUAAGCCUUGCUAGCAACAAAUCUGAGACGUUGCAUUUUUAUUCUUGUCAAGCAAAAACCACACAAAAGUUGUAGAUAAAAACAUUUCAUCAGACAGAAAAAAUCACAAGAUAAUGGAGUUAUAUCAUAGAAAAGAUAACAUUUAAUGUUUUAUUUAAACAAACAAAAAAUAAAAGUAUUGACAGCCUUAGCCAAAACUAUUAUUUAGGUCUUGAAUAACCUGAAAUGUGAGUUGCUUUACAGGCAAAUGUUAAAAACAACAAAUCAUUUAGAAUGAACAUGUAUCCAUCGGUACUGAUGAGUUCUCACCUUGGCUUCAACAGGGAGGGCUUCUUACUGUAUGUACAGUCACACAUCUGCCUUUAUCCACCUGUCGUCUCCACUCUGACUGACUUAUUUAUUCUCUUCUGUUCGGCAUAAAGAAAAUCUAAAAGGGAGGAGAGGUGUGUUAUCUGAGGUUUCUUCAUUGUCUGACGUACACUCGUCUAAUGUUUGGGUUUUCAUUCUUUCUUUCUUUGAAGGUUGGAACGGUUUUUCAUCCUGUGCGGCUCUAAUCUGACGUUUGCCCGGAUUAAUUUAUAGUUUGAAACGUGCUUUCACAUUGCUGAUGUACAUGAGUAGAGUUUUAUGUAGCUGUGUGAGCUAUUCUGUAAGAAUCUUAGAGGGGAAAUUAUUUUCAUACACAGUUUAUUUUCUCUCCGUUACGUCACUUGUCAUUUUGCAUUCCACAUCAGGUUUCUUACAAACAAUAACGAGACAAAUAUCAUGUUUGUCCUUUUUUUUUUUCCACUCCCAUAUAAUUUAUUUCCUCCCUGUGUAUUCAUGUUUCUAACAUAGAAAGGUGAAACUAACCAUUUGGCAUUAUGUGACUUUUUUAUUUGUAAUUCAUAGCUUGUUUGUUGUACCUGUUUUGAUCAUGAUGAAUCCUCUGUAACAUUCCACCACAACAAACCCCUCUGGGCAAACAUCUCCCACUGGGACAAAAACAACUAUUUCACAACCAGACUCUCUCUCUUUCUCUCCCUCUCUCUCCCUCUCUCUCUCUCUCUCUGUGCCUGACAAACUAUGCUGUCAAAAAUGGUUUUCAAUAAACAUGUUAUAAUAGUG